AUGCGUGCUGACACCGCAACUAUCACCGAUGAACCAGAAACUCCACGCGCAGGUAAUACUCACACUGACAACGAUGCAUGUAACGACGCGCUUGCAGCUAUCCUAAAGAAAAUGGAAGAAAUGGAGAAUGAGAACAAAACACUCCGUGAUCAGAUGAAGGAGCACCAAGAAAGGGUCGAUAAAAUACUGUGCGCUCCAAAGAUGCUACCGAAACGAGAUGUUGGCCGAUUCAUCGAGCAACCCUACAGUGAAGUGGCAGCCCCCCAUGCUAUUCCAAAAACCUUCAAAAUGCCGCCAUACUUAAAAAUAUACGAUGGCACCACAGACCCAGAAGAUCACAUAAUCCACUACGUCACGACAGUGAAAGGCAACGAUCUGUCGAAAGAGCAGGUGUCAUCGGUGCUGCUGAAAAAGUUCGGUGAAACCCUAACAGGGGGAGCACUGACAUGGUAUUCCCAACUGCCGGCACGGUCGAUAUCAACGUUCGAAGAAAUGGAACAUAAAUUUGUCACCGCUCAUGCGAGAGCGAAAAAGGCAGAAGCCAGGGUAAACGACAUCUUCGCCGUUAGACAAACGACAGGCGAGGGACUUCGGGAUUUCCUAGCCCGGUUCAACAUGGUAAGAAUGAGCCUACCCAAUGUAUCGGAGGGGAUGGCUGUAGCAGCCUUCCAAAAUGGGUUAAAUAGAAACGGGUCGAAAGCAACAAAAAAGCUGCUAAGUAGGCUCAUGAAAUACCCUCCCACUACAUGCGAAGAAAUCCAUAACGCAUAUUGUGCCGAAGUAAGGGCAGAUGAGGAUGACUUAAAUGAAAUAGUGUAUGCACUAGAAAAGCUCGGCACGAAGGUGCAGUGGCCGCAAAAAAUAAAGUCGGAUCCAAGCACACGGAGAUCAAACGUUCUGUGCGAGUUCCAUCAGGAAAGGGGGCAUAAGACCGAAGAUUGCAUAGGCUUGCGACAGGAAGUGUUAAGAAUGCUGAACCAAGGACACCUGAAAGAACUGUUGAGCGAUUGA